AUGACGCUAGAGGACUUUGAAAAAUCGCUUGCGGAGGACCGGGUACGGAGAGAAUCUGAAAACCACAAAGAGAAAGAUCGCUCGCGGUCACAUCGCCAUCACCAUCAUCACCGACAUCAUCACCGAAAUUCGUCCCGAACGCGCGAAAGUAAUAAUCAUCGAGGCGAUGAUAAAGACGAAGAGCGCCGACAUAGGCAUAAACGGUCGAAAAGAGACGACAAUGACGACGAGGGCGAGAGCUCUCACCAGAGACGGCAUCGCCAUGACCGCAACCAUGAUGAUGAACUUGACCAAGAUGAGGUUAGAGAAUCAGCUGCUAGAGUCAGUGCGCAUGACUUGAAACGCGAUUCUUGGAUGCAACCACCCUCUGCCGACGACAUAGAUUAUAUACACAGACCGGAUAAGCGCUCCCAAAAACAGCCCGAAGCAAAAUCGCUACGAGCCGAUCUUGAUUUGAAAAUUCACGAUAAGGAACUCAACACUCAUUUACGCGAUUUGAAAGAAGGGAAGGUCCCUGAAAAGAUUGAAAAUAAGCCUGCGCAACAUGAAGUUGACUAUACCUUUGGCGAUGCGGGCUCACAGUGGAGAAUGAUAAAAUUGAGAAAUGUUUAUCGAGAGGCCGAAGAAAAAGGCAAGAAGGUGGAAGAUGUUGCAAUUGAACGGUAUGGCGAUCUGAGGUCUUUCGAUGAUGCUCGAGAAGAAGAGAUCGAAAUAGAUCGCAGAGAGAGGUACGGAGAGUCAUAUGUGGGCAAAGAUAAACCCAGUGGAGAGCUCUUCCAGGAAAGAAAGCUCGACCAGGGUGUGCACCGGGAGCCUCGAACCAGUGAUCCUCGGGAUAUUGCAUCUCCUGCCAGAGAACAAGGCAAGCCAAUGGACACCGUGGAGCCUACAAAAACAACGCAACAUCUAGAUGCCACUGCACUCAACCGACUUCGUGCAAAAAUGAUGAAAGCAAAAUUGAAAGGGUCGCCCGAGGCAGCCUCGUUGGAGGAACAGUAUAAUGCCGCUGCCGGCUUAAUGGCGAACCGAAAAGAAGGUGACGUGGUAGUUCUUGGUGUUAUGGAGAACCGAAUGCUGGCCGGUGGCGCUAGAAGCGAAGUCAAACCAGUUGAGAACCGCCGGGGACGUGAACGUGGCCAGGUAGAGGAGAAUGAGGAUAUGUCAAUCGAAGAUAUGAUAGUGGAAGAGCGACGAACGCGCGGCCAAGCUGGCGGAGAAGGUCUCCGAUUAGCUGAAAGGAUUGCGAAGGACGUCAAGUUUGAUAAUGAUUUGGAAUAUAUGGAUGACAAUGCGGCCAAACUUGCCAAGCGUGUUCAGAAAUCAGAAUUGAAUCUGAAAAAUACCGCCAUUAGCGAGUUCCACAAGAUGAACAGGAUAUUAGACAACUGCCCAUUGUGUCAUCACGAAGAUACAGAUACACCUCCAGUGGCUCCGAUCGUGUCAUUGGCAACACGUAUUUUCUUGACGUUGCCAACAGAACCAGAACUUAGUGAAGGAAGCGCUACUAUUGUUCCCAUCCAGCACCGUACGAAUCUGAUGGAAUGCGAUGAUGAUGAGUGGGAGGAAAUCCGCAAUUUUAUGAAGAGUUUGACUCGAAUGUACCACGAUCAGGGCCGGGAUGUAAUCUUCUAUGAGAAUGCAGCGCAUCCGGAUCGAAAACGCCAUGCAUCCCUGGAAGCUGUUCCUUUACCAUACAGUCUAGGUGAAACCUCUCCAGCGUUCUUCAGAGAGUCUAUACUGGCAGCAGAUUCAGAAUGGACCCAGCAUCGAAAAUUGAUUGAUACUCUAGCAAAGUCCAAACAGGGAUUGGGCAAGAUGGCUUUCCGUCGAACGUUAGUCAAGGAGAUGCCAUACUUCCAUGUCUGGUUUGAGCUUGAUGGCGGAUUGGGCCACGUUGUGGAGGACACUCAUCGAUGGCCGCGCGGAGAUCUUUUUGCCCGGGAGACCAUAGGAGGUAUGUUGGAUCUGCCUCCGGAUGUUAUCAAAAGGCAAGGUCGGUGGAGUAAAGGCGGGGAUCGACGAGUUGAGCCUUUUCGUAAACGCUGGCGAAAGUUUGACUGGACUCGCAUUCUCACCGAGGGCCAAUAA